GCUGCCGAUAGGGUUUCCGAGAUUUCGCCCGGCGGACUCGGACUCGGUCGCCGGCGGACCCGGCAGCUCCUCCCCUUAUUAAAAACGGAGCUCUCCUCUCUCUACUCAAUCUGCAACCUCACCUUCGCCGUCCCCACUCUUCUCCUUGUCCAGCUCGAUUCCGUCGCGGUUCACAGGCGCCAGCGCGUUCCUCUGCUCGUUCGGCCGCCGGGACACCUCGGGCGGCCGCCCGACCUCGCCUCAGUGGUGGAUCCGCCCCUGUGAAUAGAUCUUGAUUCAUGGCAAAGCAAGCCUACGCAACGAGCAGCCUUGUGGUAGGGUAUGCGUUGUGCUCCAGCUUGCUUGCCAUCAUCAACAAGUAUGCCAUCACCAAAUUCAGCUACCCUGGCCUCCUGACUGCCCUGCAAUACUUGACAUCGGUGGCUGGAGUAUGGAUUCUCGGAAAGCUUGGUUUCCUCUACCAUGAUCCCUUCAACUUCCAGACUGCUAAGAAGUUCGCGCCGGCUGCAGUUGUUUUUUACCUUGCCAUUUUCACCAACACGCAUCUCCUGAAGCAUGCCAAUGUCGACACAUUUAUUGUGUUCAGAUCCUUGACCCCGCUUCUGGUGGCUAUCGCUGACACCACCUUCCGGAAGCAGCCAUGUCCUUCCAAGCUCACAUUCUUAUCCCUUGUGAUCAUUUUGGGAGGCGCGGUUGGCUAUGUGAUAACAGACUCCGGUUUUACCCUCACGGCAUACUCAUGGGCGGUAGCUUAUCUGAUCACCAUAACUACUGAGAUGGUGUACAUAAAGCACAUGGUGACGAACUUGGGGCUGAACACGUGGGGCUUUGUGUUCUACAACAAUCUUCUUUCGCUGCUAAUGGCACCCGUAUUCGGGUUUUUGACUGGGGAGCAUUUGUCAAUCUUUAGAGCCAUUGAAGCAAGGGGGCAGAGUUGGUUUGAGCUUGAUGCCUUUGUGGCGGUUUCCUUGUCUUGUGUGUUUGGGUUGCUCAUCAGCUUCUUUGGUUUCGCUGCAAGGAAAGCAAUCUCUGCCACAGCGUUUACAGUGACAGGGGUGGUUAAUAAGUUCCUCACAGUUGCGAUCAAUGUAAUGAUCUGGGACAAGCAUGCAAGCGUGUUUGGUUUGGUUUGCUUACUCUUCACUCUCGCUGGUGGUGUGCUCUAUCAGCAGUCAGUUACAAUGAAAGGGAAUUCUCCAUCCCAGCGAGAAGCAAUGGCUAAGCAAGGUAGGGGUGAUGAUGAUGCGAUUGAGUUGGAUGAGGAGAAUCAAAGGUUGGUUUCGUCUCCAAAGGUUGUCUGACGUACAUGAUCCCCAGAGAUAUCCAGUUUUGUUUGUUUGUCUGCAAUAGGCAUUGAUUUCUUAAGAUUUGCCAUUCAUAUACUCUAGGAAAUUCAAGAGGUAGCAUUGUUGUUGUAGAAGGAAUUUCAGCAUGCGCCCACUGUGGUUACAUGUUUAUUCUAUAAUUAUUUGUGGUGCCGUGCCCUGUUUACUGUUUUUUAAAUUGCUUAGCAAGGUCUUGCUUAUAGAAUAACUAGCCACCUCCAUUAAUGUAUGAUGUAACAGUAUCCAAUUAUCCAUUGAUGUUUCCGCA